GAAUUGAAAUAGUUGAAAAUGAAAAAAUUCUCUGCGAAGAUCGUGAAAAUAUUGCGGAAAUGUUUGGUGAAGAAUUUGCAGAACUGCAAAUAAAAUAUCAGUGGAAGCUUCAAAAAGAUUUGUUCAAUAAAAUUUCCAUGCAAUUAAAUGCUUUACAGUGAGUGCUCUACAUUUAAAACAUAUCAAAAGUGCGUCAGGUAUUUGGUUGCACGGUUGCUGCAAAAGUCGUGAAAAAGGCAACGUGAAAAUCUAAAAUAAAACAUACAUAUGCUAAAAUGCCGUCAAACGAAGUGGUGCAACAGUAAAAAAGCAAGGCACACAGCAAAUUCGAAAAAAAAGAUAUCACGAAUUAAAAGACAGUAAAACACAACGCGCGCACUCCAAUAAAAUUUGCAUUUCCAAAUUGAACAUAUAUUUAUUUCGUUAUUCCUUUCAAUAUAUUCGGUCGUACACGGUCAUACGUUCGAACGUGUUUUCCGGCGCUGGUACGCUGUUUUGGUGGACGCGCAACACGUAAAUUAUAUGCGAAAAUAUGGGUGGUUGCAUUGGCAUACACAGCACCGACAAUGAGACAGUUAGUGUGUCUUCAGCGAGUUUAUCGAGGCCACCGACAGGCGGGGGCGGCGCCCAAAUGGGUCCAUCGCGUAAAAAUCGCCCACUGUGCAAUGAGACAAUACGCUGGCGUUCCGAUGUGCCAUUGACGGAGGGUCAACUACGUUCCAAACGUGACGAAUUCUGGGAUACUGCGCCGGCGUUCGACGGUCGCAAAGAAAUUUGGGAUGCGCUGCGGGCAGCCACAAACGCGGCGGAGGAGUUAAAUUUCGAAAUGGCGCAGGCAAUACUUGACGGAGCGAAUAUAUCGGUGCCCAAUGGUUACCUCACAGAAUGCUACGAUGAACUUGGCACACAAUACAAAGUGCCAAUAUACUGUCUAUCCUAUCCUAUAAAUAUCGUUAAAGAAGAGAAUGGACGUGAUUCACCAGCGGAAUUCUCAGAGCCCGUCGACGGUGGCACUGAAGUAUUCCUUAAACUGCGAAUAUCGUCCACAAUGUUGGAUGUCAAACUACCAGUAUAUUCAAAAGACACUGUGGGACAGUGCAAAAAGAAAUUGCAGGCUGUGGAAGGCAUCGACGCCUGCUGUCAGCGUUGGUUCUACAGUGGCAAAUUACUUGGCGACAAAGUGCCCAUAGACGAGUGCAACAUACAGAACGGCUAUGUCGUACAGGUCAUUGUCAAUACGGAGCAUUACAACCACGAUAGCAGCACAAUUAUACCGGUUGCGAGCUAGCCAAGUGUUAACGCUAAUGCAAAAUGUAAAAAAAUAUUAGCAACGAUUAAAGCAACAGCAGCGACAGCAACGACAAUGUCAAUGCGAACGCUAAAAACAACAGCAACAACAACAACAGCAGUAACAACAAUGUCGAAAGCCACAACAGAUGUUCAAUGUAGCGGCUGUGUUACAUUUGCAUACAUCGUAGUAAAUAUAUUAACAAACCAUUUUAUUAUGAAUGAGACAAGUAAGCGACAUUUAAUAGACGGACGGACAGACUGACAGAACGACAGACAGCGCUAUGCAUGUAAAUUGCAAUGCGUUCUGCUAGAAACGUGCUGUGUAUAAAGCGCCAGACUCACGCGAUAGUGUGUGGGCGCGCACUUUAUUGUUGUUGUAACAUAGAAGUCGUCAACGAUCGUUCAUAUAAAUGCAUAAAUUGUUAAUGGUAGGUGUUUUCUCUUUUCGUACUAAUUUCAAUCAUAGCAUCACAUUUUAAUUUUGCUCCUUGAUUAGACAUGCAUAUGUAUGUAUGUAUGUAAGAAUUAUUGUAGUUGGUAGUUGCGAAAAUCGAGAACGAGUGACUUAUCGAAAUUGUGCUGCGAAACGUCGUCAUUUGUUGGUUAGUUGUUGUUGUUGUUGCCUGACUGUUCUUGCUACGCCUUGGAGCAAUAGGCUGUGCAGCAGAUAUUACACACACAUACACUUACUUAUACACAUGCAUAUAAAUACCUAUAUGUAUAUAUAUAUUAAAUAUAUUGAAUGAAUGAUUGAAAAUGAUUGAAAGUUAUGAGAAUAUGCAAAAUUUAUAAAAAAAUAGGAAAAGAACAAAAAACAUGAAAUAACUUAUUUGAAAUAGAAGAAAAGCGCUGAACUUGUAAAAUAAAAUAAACAAAUUAAUAAUAUA